GAAGCGGAAGCUAACUCUUCAGCUGCAUGUGUCUUAGCCGUUGGGUUCCUGUUAGUCCAUUAAAGAGCAACAAAUCUGUUUGAACUGAGUUCUGGUACCGAAACGUUUUUAUAAACCGACAGAUUAAAGAUUAGUCAGCGGACAUCAUGGGAGUUCCCGCCUUUUUCCGCUGGCUGAGCAGAAAGUACCCGUCAAUCGUCGUUCACUGUGUGGAGGAGAAGGGGAAAGAGUUUAACGGAGUUCGUAUUCCUGUUGACACAACCAGACCCAACCCCAACGAGGUGGAGUUCGAUAACUUGUAUUUGGACAUGAAUGGGAUCAUCCACCCCUGUACACAUCCAGAGGACAAACCUGCACCGAAAAAUGAGGAUGAAAUGAUGGUUGCCAUUUUUGAGUACAUCGAUCGGCUGUUCAACAUCGUGCGUCCCCGGAGAGUUCUCUACAUGGCUAUUGAUGGAGUGGAGGUUACCUUCCACCUGAGGAGAUUAAAGAGAGGUUCGACAGUAACUGCAUCACCCCGGGGACAGAGUUCAUGGAUAACCUGGCUCAAUGUCUCCGUUACUACGUGGCUGACAGACUGAGCAAUGAUCCUGGAUGGAAGAAUGUUGUUGUUUUCCUGUCUGAUGCCAGUGUUCCAGGUGAAGGUGAACAUAAGAUCAUGGAUUUCAUCAGGAGACAGAGAGCUCAGCCCAACCAUGAUCCCAACACUCACCACUGCCUGUGUGGAGCUGAUGCUGACCUCAUCAUGCUGGGCCUGGCCACCCAUGAGCCCAACUUCACCAUCAUCCGAGAGGAGUUCAAACCCAACAAACCACGGCCCUGCGCUCUCUGCGGACAGAUGGGUCAUGAACUGAAGGAGUGUCAGGGCACAGCGAGAGAGAAGCAGGGACAGCAUGAUGAGUUUGCAGACACAAUACCGACGGCUGAGCAGGAAUUCAUCUUCAUCAGACUGUCUGUUCUCAGGGAGUACUUGGCCAGAGAGCUGACCAUGGCCAGCCUACCCUUUACCUUCGACUUUGAGAGGAGUGUGGACGACUGGGUCUUCAUGUGUUUCUUUGUAGGAAAUGACUUCCUGCCUCAUCUUCCAUCCUUAGAGAUCAGAGAGGGAGCUAUAGAUCGACUGGUCGGCAUCUACAAAGAUGUUGUUCAUAAAACUGGAGGCUACCUGACGCAGAACGGCUUCGUGAACCUUGAGCGAGUCGAGAUGAUCAUGCAGGCUGUGGGCGUUGCUGAGGAUAACAUUUUCAAGAAACGCAAAGAGGAUGAUGAAAACUUUAAGAGGAGAAACAAAGAAAAACGAAAGAGGAUGAAGGCUGAGCAGCAGGGUCCAGCAUUCCUGACCUCGGGUCAGUUCACCCCUCACGCCCUAGGGAGAAGAGAUCGACCCGAUCCCGUCCAGAAUGCCCGGUACCAGGCCUACAACAUGAGGAUGCAUUCGAACAUGGAUGCUGCUCAGUCACUGAAAGCCACUAUGAAGAACGGAGGAAAUGGCUGUGCUUCCUGGAAGUGGUAUUUCCCAUUCCACUAUGCUCCCUUUGCCUCUGACUUCAAAGACAUCAAAGAGAUGUUCUCAGAGUUUGAGAAAGACACUAAACCGUUUAAGCCUCUGGAGCAGCUGAUGGGAGUGUUUCCUGCCGCCAGUGGUAACUUCCUGCCGAAAACAUGGAGGAACCUUAUGAUCAGCCCGGAUUCUUCCAUCAUCGAUUUUUACCCCGAUGACUUUGCCAUUGACCUAAACGGGAAGAAAUACGCCUGGCAGGUGUGAAGUUCAAGGACCCUCAGUUCUCUGAAGAGUUUGUGUUUAAAGCAGUCCUCCUGCCUGGAGCAAAGAUUCCCAGUAAGGUUUUGAAGCCGGAGGACUGGGAGAGAAGGAACCGGGAGCCGUGGAGACCCCAGCUGGGCUUCAACCCGAACAGACCACAGGCUCACCUGGACCAGUCAGCUUUCAGAGCCCUCCGUCACAGUGUGAACAGAAAUCAACAAGGUGGAGGGCAGUACAGCAACACUCCUCCACCCAGUAACUACCACCAGGGGAUUUACCGUCCUUCUCACCAGCAGUUCCAACGUCCCAGGCAGAACCCGAUCCUGACAGCACCGCCCUUCUUCAGCCCCCAGCCUCCGUUUCAGAGGCUCCAAGGCCAGGCCCACAGCACAGGUCAAGGCUGGGACCGGGUCAUGCAAGCCCAGCCUGCAGCAUACCAACAGAACCAGAACCGUGGAGGGGUGGGGCCAAGCAGCUACCAGCAGCAGCGCUACAAUCAGCGCCAACCUGAGUGGUCCGAUCGCCGUGACAACCGGGAUCCUCAGGAUCAGGCCUUCAGGUCCAGCAGAACCUACCCUCCUCCUCCUCCGACCCAGCGGUACCACUGGAACUGAACCCAAACCUUUUCUUCAG